AUGAACAGUUGUCGAACGCAUGCAGCCGAUCCAUGGACGAUCAGCGGAACGUGCGUGAAACAUGGCCUGCGUGCGGACGCUACCUUCGCUUUUGAGUAACAUUGCGAAGGCAGGCAUUGGCCAUACCUUCACAUCGGUGACCAAAGGGACCGUCGGCAGCCUGCAGCUUCUCCGAUCGUUCGUAACAGUGCGCCCUGCUCGAAGUCUGGGCUCCUCGUUCUCGACUUCGCUGCUGCCACAAAACCUGAAACCACUGAUUGUUUCACGUGGUGCUAUUCUACCAAGGACACAACAGCUUCUGCAAUUGGGAGCAGCUGUAGGAGCAGCCAUUCAGCAGACUCGCAAUGUCACGAAGUUCAAUUACAGAAAUGGUCAGCGGAGGACAUGCAAGGCAGUGGUGAAGAGGUUCAUGCGCCUCAAUUGCGGCCUAUGGAUACGACCACGAUCUGGCCGAGCCAAGAAGCUGUGGAAGAAGCCCGACUACAUUUUACAAGGCUUGCGUACACAUGUCAUCUGUAAUAGGACUCAGUCUAAAAUGCUGGACAAAAUGGUUGGUGACUAUUGGAAAAGGCCAAAGUACUAUGUAGAUGAUCCAUAUGAGCCUUACCAUGUGCGGAAUUUUUUGCAUGCAAAGAAAACUUGGUGGUGAGUGGCAUUUAAUGGGUCGUGGAUUUGCCACACAUCAUCUUUUGUAUGUAGGGUGUGGCAUAACAGAUAGUCACAAAUAAAGUGUGCAUAUAAAAGCCAGCUUUUAUUUCACA